CCCUGGCUCCCCACGCGGUCGCCCAGCUCAUCCGAUCCGGCCUGGGUGCCACCGCCCGCCGCUAACCGCGGACCUGCUAACUAGUGCGUAUCGGGUUGGGUUUUUGGUUGGGUUUUUUGUUGUUGUUUCAACUUGCCUUCUAAAAUGACUUUUACAGUCGCUGCAGUGGCUUGCCUCCAGUCUGAACUGUAGUUUGGGAAGAUUGAAGGGGCCGGCUAGGUGCUUCUGUGGUUUGAAGUGGAUUGGGCUGGGACUACUGGCUGUGGGGACACUGUGAGGGGCGGGCCCUUCUCGGUCUGCCAGGGUCCUCGUGGGCUACCCUGGAGUCACAGGGACCAGUGCCUUGCUUGGGGCGGGGGGGAUUGGAGUUUGGAGAUCACAUCCUAGUGCCUUCAUUUCCAGGACAGAAAGUACCUGGAAAGCUCCUCACUGUUCCCCUUGGACAUGUGGGAGAUUUCACAAAACUCCCCCACAGGUGUGUGCUAAGAAGGACUUUGGCUCCUGGGGGUCACCCAGCCAGCUCUGACGCUGUUCUCUUCAGCGCCGCACUUGUCCAUGCCCUCCUAGCCAGCUGCCACGGGAUGGAGGGCCUCAUGGACUCAGGGACACAGACGGACGCCGUGGUGGUGCUGUCCUUGGCUCAGGCCGCCGUGCUGGGCCUGGUCUCGGAAAAUGAGCUCUUCGGAGCCACGAUAAGCGCCCAGGCCUUCUACCCAGACCUGGGCCCCGGGCUGCCAGGGACAACCCUCGGGGAACACGGGCCUCCUGGCCCAGACGUCUACCAGCUGGCCUGCAACGGGCGGGCCCUGGAGGAGCCUGCCGAGGAAGAGGUGCUGGAAGUCGAGGCGGCCUUUGAGAAGCACACCCGGCGGAAGACACGGCCUCCUGUGCGCCUGGUGCCCAAGGUCAAGUUCGAGAAGGUGGAAGAAGAGGAAGAACAGGAGGUGUAUGAGGUAUCCGUACCCAGUGACGACAAGGAUGUGGGCCUGGCAGAGGCCCCGGCUGAGGCGGCAGGCAGUGGCGGCUGUGAGGCCUUGGUACAGAACAGCGCCGUGAAGAUGAUUGACCUCAGCGCCUUCAGCCGCAAGCCCCGGACGCUCCGCCACCUGACCCGGACGCCCAGGCCUGAGUUGGAGGUGGCCCCAUAUGAGCCUCAUUUCCCCGAGCCCGGCGUGGCGUUGCCUGGACCAGAGGCCCUGCCUUCCGAGUGUGGCUUCGAGCCACCGCCGCCGCCGCCACCGCCACACCUGGCCUCCCUGGGUGACCCCGAGGCUCCUGCCGUGGCAUCACCAGGGCCCCUGAAACCAGAGCAGGGCUUCGUGUGGCAGGAGGCGGGCGAGUUUGAGGCAGACGCGGCCGGCUCCACAGCCGAGCGCCACAAGAAGGCCCAGCUGGACCGGCUGGACAUCAACGUGCAGAUCGACGACUCGUACCUGGUGGAGGCAGGCGACCGCCAGAAGCGCUGGCAGUGCCGCAUGUGCGAGAAGUCCUACACGUCCAAGUACAACCUGGUGACGCACAUCCUGGGCCACAAUGGCAUCAAGCCCCACUCGUGCCCCCACUGCAGCAAGCUCUUCAAGCAGCCCAGCCACCUGCAGACGCACCUGCUGACGCACCAGGGCACGAGGCCGCACAAGUGCCAGGUGUGCCACAAGGCCUUCACGCAGACCAGCCACCUCAAGCGCCACAUGCUGCUGCACUCGGAGGUCAAGCCCUACAGCUGCCACUUCUGCGGUCGCGGCUUCGCUUACCCCAGCGAGCUCAAGGCGCACGAAGUGAAGCACGAGAGUGGCCGCUGCCACGUGUGCGUCGAGUGUGGCCUGGACUUCUCCACCCUGACCCAGCUCAAGCGCCACCUGGCCUCCCACCAGGGCCCCACCCUCUACCAGUGCCUGGAGUGUGACAAGUCCUUCCACUACCGCAGCCAGCUGCAGAACCACAUGCUCAAGCACCAGAACGUGCGGCCCUUCGUGUGCACCGAGUGCGGCAUGGAGUUCAGCCAGAUCCACCACCUCAAGCAGCACUCGCUCACCCACAAGGGUGUGAAGGAGUUCAAGUGCGAGGUGUGUGGCCGGGAGUUCACCCUGCAGGCCAACAUGAAGCGGCACAUGCUGAUCCACACCAGCGUCCGGCCCUACCAGUGCCACAUCUGCUUCAAGACCUUCGUGCAGAAGCAGACGCUCAAGACCCACAUGAUUGUACACUCGCCCGUGAAGCCAUUCAAGUGCAAGGUGUGCGGGAAGUCCUUCAAUCGCAUGUACAACCUGUUGGGCCACAUGCACCUGCAUGCGGGCAGCAAGCCCUUCAAGUGCCCCUACUGCUCCAGCAAGUUCAACCUCAAGGGCAAUCUGAGCCGGCACAUGAAGGUCAAGCAUGGCGUCAUGGACAUCGGCCUGGACAGCCAAGACCCCAUGAUGGAGUUGGCGGGCCCUGAACCCUCAGAGCUGGAUGGCCAGCAGGAGCUGGAGGACUUCGAGGACAGCACAUAUACCUAUGCGGGUGUGGAUGGCAGCGCCGAGGCCAGCGUCCUCACGGAGCAGGCCAUGAAAGAAAUGGCCUACUACAAUGUGCUAUAGCGAGCAGGAGCGGGGCUGGGGGUUGAUGAGACCCCUAGGCUGCGGCCAGCCCGACCCCCCACAGCUGAGAAGCUACUGCCCCACUGGCCCCAGCUUACCCCCACCCCAGGUGUUUGCACCAUUAGGGACCACUAGACCAAAUGCAAACUGUACUACCAGCCUGGCCCCAGGCAGGCACAGGUCCCAGGCGUGCUGGCUGGCAGAGAAAGGGUAGCACAGGAGGCCUGGAGAAAGAGGGGGCACAAAGAGCUCUCCAGGGACAGCUGACCAACCCCCACCCCAAGGCAGGGCCCUCUGCCUUCUACCUCCUGGGGCUCCCUUGUGCUGCGGCCAGGGCCAGCUCUGCCCCUGUCCCCACCUGUAUGGAAGGGGCCUUCCAUAACUCCAGCAAGCAUCACCCAGGCCUGUCCUCUGAUCUGGCCCACAUCACGGUCCCUCGCUGCCCCACCCACAGCAAUGACCUAGGAAAACACACAGAUGGAGGGGUGAGGGGGUUACAGGGCAGGCGGAGGGGGGGUGCCAAGGACCACCUGUUGGGGAGGGGCAGAGUCAUUCUGAUGGACAAGGACACAUCUGAAGGCAGGGAGGCAGCUCCCAGCCGAGAGCAACAGAGUGCAAAGGAAGAUGAAGACCGCGCGGGAAACAAAUCUUUGCAAGCAAUCGGGGGUGUUUCAAAGGUAAUUUAUUAUUAUUAUUUUUUUUUCUUUACAACUCCAUGUGGCCCGUUACCUGGUUGGAUGGAGAUGCGCUCCUUCUCCCAGACAUGAGCUUUCUUGUGUGCCGUGCGUGCCCCUGCCUCUCCACCAUACAGCCAGCCUGGGCUCCACCGAGACCCCAAGCUAGCCCCAUACCAACGGCCUCAGCUCUGCCCUGCCUCCCUGCCCUUGCUGGCUCAGACUGGAGCCAUGGGCCUGGGGCAGGCAAACAGCAUAUUCAGGACCUCCAGGGCCGACCCCCAAGGCACCAGAAACCAGGUGGGGCAGACAGCCGGCAUAGGGAUUGGGGGUAGGGACCACUUCACAGAGCGGCUGCUCCACGGCUGCCUCCCUCAGCGAAGGACCAAGCUAGGCCUCAGGGUGACGGGAUCAGGAGUGAGGAGCAGCCACGGUGGCCUCCCAGGUGCCCGCCAGCCUGAGCCUCAGGUGGCAGCAAGCAUUCUCCUGCUGAGCAGCAGGCACCGACCCUGCAAACUACCUCUUCCCACGACGUCCUUCCCCCGGUACCAAAAAGACCCCCCCGUCCCUCCUCCUCCUCUUCCUCCCCCCUCCUGGCGCCUGCCAGCGCAGUGGCCUUGGUCUUGGACAGGAGAAGGGCUGGGGUCUCCACCCUCUGUGAGGAAGGCACCAUACUUGAACGUCUCCUGCUCGGGGCCAAGCUAAGAGGGGCUCAUGCGGGAACCCCCCCUACCCCCACCGCCCAUCCAAUGGGGCAGCCUCGGCAAGGCUCCUGCCCUCCCCCUCCCCCAUUUAACCCCCUCAGAAAACUUGGGUGACCUGGCAGCCCCUGGCAGAGCCCACUCUAACUUAUUUUGCCGUGUGUACAAACGGCCUGUUUAGACACUCAAUGUGUGCAGAGCCCUACUGUGUUUCUAUGUUCCUGUUUCACAGAGUUUACUUAGCAAUAAUUAUAAAUAAAUGGAUAUUCUUUA